CGGCUACUCGUACAACAUUGCCUAAGCACUCAUUCAAUAACUGCACUUAUUGAUCUUAUCACUUAAAACUUGCAUAGGUAUAUAUUAGUAUAUUUUUUUUUUUGGUCUUGACCCUUCAUUUAUAUAGGGAUGUUUGCAUACAUAUGCUAUUUACGCGACAAUGUCAAACGAGUCGUCCCGAUUAAAGAUAUAAAAGAUUUCCAUCCUCGAACCGUCCGCGAUUUUGACCCAACGGUCAUUGUAAGGGCUUACUGGCGCGGCCUGAAAGACGACAUCCCAUAUGAAGAAGCUCGAAGAUACAACGCCCAAGUACUGAAGCUCGGAGAAACCAGGGAGAGCAUCGCAACCACCAUAGCGGCAAAAAGAGUGCAUCAGCCCAAAAUAGUGCCAGCCACCGACGUCACAUCCAUGUCCAGUGAAGAGGAAACGGAUUUCGAACAAGAGACACAAAAGCCAGCGAGCACAAGGACUCCCGCUCAAGACGCCGAAAGACAACGUCUGAGAGACAUAGUGAACCGACACCACGCCAACGCUAUGGACGGAAGUCCAGACAACGAUGCAGACACGUCAUGUGGAGAACCAUCCGCAAGAUCCGAAACUGUUUAUCGGGAAGUAGUGGAGCAGAGGGACAGGUACAAAACCAGGUGUGACGACCUGCAAAAGCAGCUGAGCGAGACCAAAUCAGCUCUGUCAGAGCUGGAAGGCGAGCUGGAGGACACGAAAAAGGAGAUGAAGAUGCUUCGUCUCCUCAAUGCAAAAUAUCAAGUUCGGAUAGUCAAAGCUGUCGAGACGCAGAUGCGAUGCAUUCAGGAGCAGCCCAGCCGGUCAAGCGCCAGCAACGGGGGUGGGUGCGCGCCGCAACGGUGCGAAAGCGGUAAAAGCAGUUCGACCCCCCAGCCACGCCCGUGUCGCCCGGAAAAUCCACCACGACCACUUUCCCAGCCUGAGCUAUUCAGCACAGAGGAGCAGCCGGGCCCAGCCGGUGAUCCGGGGAGCCCGGUAAGCAUAAGACCGGAUGUGUUGGAAACCAUUCGAGGCCAGCGCACGGCUUCGCUGAUGGUAAAAAAUAUGGCUGUCGCUCUCUGGGGCACGGAGGGCCUCGCCAACCGGUCCGUUACCGGGUCAGCCUCCAACCGGACUCAAGGGCGUGAGCCAAAACAGAGGCUCACCCCCAAGAAACUUGAGGCUAUCAAAAGUGAACUACGGUCACAAAUGACCAAGCGGGGUGCCGACGAUGCGGAGGUACAGAACACCCUCAAAAAGGUCCCGCGCUUCAUCAACGAAAAAAUUCAGGAUAUCCGUCGGAAAACCAAGACGACGCAGCAGGACUGAUUGUGACAAAAAGGCGACCGUGUGACCCGCACACACGCCUUCCUUAGAGGCAAAAGGCCCCCGCCCUACCCCAUCCGGGCUAACCCGUGCCCGGCCCCCUCCAGCAUGUGCUGGGCGGGCCGGGCCGCCGGCCCGUCGCGCGGACCGCCUGUGGCUCGCGCUGAACGGGUCGGUGGUCAGGGGGCGCCGCCUCGCAAGUAUAGUGGCACUUUAGUCGCACUCAGGUGCGAGGCGGCGCGGGCGGGGGCAGAGGUGGUGCCAGCAAGAGCCACUUGUAUAUAUACUACGUGAAUUAUAAAUGAAGGAAUAGCUUAUGCACCUGUGUUGUUCUGAUGUGAAAUAACCAUUUUCUGUAAAAUAGUAAUACAUUAUUUGCUCCUUUUAA